AAUGCACUUGUUACUGUUGAAUUUGAAACAAUGGAGCUCAGCUCAGCAAACAAAAAUGGAAAAUUUUCAUAAUAAAAAAAAAAGUGGAAGAACUUAAACUAAGAAAUAGAGAGAUAUGAAGAGACUAGGAGAAUGUAUAGAAGAACUAACGAAGUUCACUCUCCAAUCCCACAUCAACAAAUCCCUCAAUUUUGAACUACGCCUCUCCCAUGAAUUCUGCUCCAACCUUCUCAUCGGUUCCCACACCGACGAUCCCAGUCCAGAUAUUUUGAAGGGAGUUCCUUCAUACCCUUUAUACAAGCAUUUGGCAUCGGCUUUGCACCAAUCCAUAGUUUCCGGGUUCAUUUGCUAUAGACAAGGCAAUUCAGCGUUAAUGCGCGAUGAAAUUUCUACGAAACAGAAGGAAGAGUGGAAUAAGUUGGUUUCAAAUAAGGGACUUGAAUUGAUUAAAAUUAUGAAUAAUAUAGACUUUGAAUUUCAUGUUCAAGAACCAUUCUUUUCAAUGUUAAGAGAUGGCUUGAAGACAAUUGAAGGAAGGUGUGCAGUUGGUGAAUACAAUAAUAUUGAAACAGGUUCUGUGAUCCUUUUUAAUAAAUGUCUGGUGCUUGGAGUUCAGGAUGUUCAUCGUUAUGCUACAUUUUCUAAGAUGUUAGAAGCUGAAAGUCUUUCUGAAGUCCUUCCUGGAGUUAAAUCCACUGAAGAAGGUGUGCAAAUAUAUAGGAAAUUUUAUACAGAAGAGAAAGAAAGGUCUAAUGGUGUCCUUGCAAUCUGUGUUUCUAAUUUGGUGGCGCAGCCUUCUAUCUUGUUGGCCAGCUUACUCUCUGAACUGAGUUAUGAAGGUGUCCAAAGUCUUCUGGGUCUAGCACAUACUACUGGAACAAUUUCUGCUGCACUCCCCCCACCAAAAUCAACACUUCUCUCAUCAUUUACGUUGCCAUAUAAUCCAGAUGUCGAAGGCAGUGCCUUGACUCAUGGAGCUAGGGCCUUGGCUAAGCAUGCUGAUCGAAGUAGCAAUAAGUACUGGGGUAAUUUAAAUGGAAGUGACUCAAAUAAAAAUAAUCUUGCAAUGGGUGUCAUUACUGAUUUGAUCACUAACUCUAGCUGGUUGAAUGUGUAUAUUGUUCAACCACAUGGUGCUGUCUUUGAGAUAAGGGUUGAUGAAGGGUACGGUGCACGCUGGUCGAAGGAUGGAACUAAGUUCAUUGGAUUUCUAGAACCAUACAUGGAUGAUGGUCACUUGAAGGGAUGGAAGCAUUGACUUGACUUUGAAGAUGUUUGCACUGGCUUCCACAAUCUACAAGGAAAUCCAGAAGGAUUAUUAUUUCAGGAACUUGAAGAAGGAUGGACUGGAUUAAUAGAAUGGACCCCUGAAUCCUAGUUCAUCCCUUUGGUGAUUCUUUCUAUGACAAAUUUAAUCACAAUAUUGAAUGUGUAUGAACCCAAGACCUAACUCAGUUGGUCCAUGUCUUAAGAGGUGGUAUCUAGCAGAUUUGAGAUUCAAAUCUCAGCGACUGUAACCCCUUAAUCUUCAGACUACGACUUCUUUUGUACUGAAGAAAAAUGAACAUCGGCUGGCAUACUUAAUUAACUAUAUGAUUGGAAUUUUGUUGUGGGUUUAACUAUAACAAAAACAUCAGUAUUUGUUA